CGUCACCAACUCUCUUUUCCUUUAAUUUUCCCCAUACUUUUUUUCUCUCUCCCUCUCUAGAUCUGUGAAUCAGUGUUGUUGGAGGUGAAAACGGUGUCGUAUCGUAUCGUGUAUCGCCAUGGGGAGAUCUCCCUGUUGCGAGAAGGAGCAUACCAACAAGGGGGCGUGGACGAAGGAAGAAGACCAACGACUCAUCGAUUACAUCCAAAUCCAUGGCGAUGGCUGCUGGCGGUCUCUCCCUAAAGCUGCCGGGUUGCUUCGGUGUGGGAAGAGYUGUCGAUUGAGGUGGAUCAACUAUCUACGCCCCGAUCUCAAGAGGGGGAACUUCACUGACGAUGAGGAUGAACUCAUCAUCAAUCUCCAUAGCCUGCUUGGUAACAAGUGGUCUCUUAUUGCAGCACGCAUGCCAGGUAGAACCGAUAAUGAGAUCAAGAACUAUUGGAACACCCACAUCAAACGCAAGCUCUACGCCCGAGGAAUCGACCCUCAAACCCACCGCCCGCUCCUCCAUAAACCCAGCGCUGCCACUGACAUCCACCGGAGGCGACCCUCCGCCAAGCCUUCUGCCACAUCGGCCGAAGAUUCGAGCAGCAGCAGCUGUGUGACGACGGAGGUGGAAGACAAUAACAACAACAACCCACCACUCAAUCUCGAGCUCUCCAUAGCCCUUCCCUGUGAUAAUAGUACGCAGCCGAAGAACGGCCAGCAAGACCACCCCCGGCCGGCCGCAGCCGGAGCUGCCGUUUUGUUCCAAUUUGGCGGCGGCGAUACGGCGGAGGAAACUGAAAGUUCCGUCCAUCAUCAUGUCUUCAGAUAUUACAGUACACCAUUUACUUCUUGAUUAUUCAGUUUGUGCAGAGUUUGAUCAGUCAGAAUUUUGUAAUAUUUUGGCGUAAUGGUUAAAUUAGAGAUAUAAUAUGAGCUAAAUAUAUUUA